UGGGGGGAGCAGAUGCUGCUGGCCGCGAGGGGAGCAGGGCGCCGGACGAGCUGAGCCGCGAGGGAGGCGCGGAGGAGGCGAGCGGGAGCCGGAGCAGAGGCGAGGUUGAGCGUGCGCACCCGGGGCGCAGCCGGAGCCGCGAUGGCCGUGGCCGUGGGGAGACCGUCUAAUGAAGAGCUUCGAAACCUGUCCCUUUCUGGCCAUGUUGGAUUCGACAGUCUCCCUGACCAGCUGGUCAAUAAGUCCACUUCUCAAGGGUUCUGCUUCAACAUCCUGUGUGUCGGUGAGACAGGCAUCGGCAAAUCCACAUUAAUGGAUACUUUAUUCAACACCAAAUUUGAAAGUGAUCCAGCUACGCACAAUGAACCAGGUGUCCGGUUAAAAGCCAGAAGUUAUGAGCUUCAGGAAAGCAAUGUACGACUAAAGUUGACCAUCGUUGAUACUGUGGGAUUUGGAGACCAGAUAAACAAAGAUGACAGCUAUAAGCCAAUAGUGGAAUAUAUCGAUGCCCAAUUUGAGGCCUACUUGCAGGAAGAACUGAAGAUCAAGCGCUCACUCUUCAACUACCAUGACACUAGGAUCCAUGCAUGCCUCUACUUCAUUGCCCCCACGGGCCAUUCCCUGAAGUCCCUGGAUCUGGUCACCAUGAAAAAGCUGGAUAGUAAGGUGAACAUCAUUCCAAUCAUUGCAAAAGCUGACACAAUUGCCAAGAAUGAAUUGCACAAAUUCAAGAGUAAGAUCAUGAGUGAACUGGUCAGUAAUGGUGUCCAGAUAUAUCAGUUCCCUACAGAUGAAGAAACGGUGGCAGAGAUCAAUGCGACAAUGAGUGUCCAUCUCCCGUUUGCUGUGGUUGGCAGCACCGAAGAGGUGAAGAUUGGCAACAAGAUGGCAAAGGCCAGACAGUACCCAUGGGGUGUGGUUCAGGUUGAGAAUGAAAACCACUGCGAUUUUGUGAAACUUCGGGAGAUGCUGAUCCGGGUGAACAUGGAGGAUCUGCGGGAGCAAACUCACACCCGACAUUAUGAGUUGUAUCGGCGCUGUAAACUCGAGGAGAUGGGCUUCAAGGACACUGAUCCUGACAGCAAGCCCUUCAGUCUUCAGGAGACAUAUGAAGCAAAAAGGAAUGAAUUUCUGGGUGAGCUUCAGAAAAAAGAAGAAGAAAUGAGACAGAUGUUUGUUAUGAGAGUAAAGGAGAAAGAAGCUGAACUCAAAGAGGCAGAGAAAGAGCUCCAUGAAAAGUUUGACCUCCUCAAGCGGACACACCAAGAAGAGAAGAAGAAAGUAGAAGACAAGAAGAAGGAGCUGGAGGAGGAGGUAAACACAUUCCAGAAGAAGAAAGCAGCUGCGCAGUUACUCCAGUCCCAGGCCCAACAGUCUGGGGCUCAGCAAACCAAGAAAGACAAGGAUAAGAAAAAUAGUCCUUGGCUCUGCACGGAAUAAAUGAUAUCCUCAAAUCUAAUUGGAUGUGCUUUCGCCUUUGCAUCUUCUUCUUUAUGUAACCAUCCUGUUGACAAGCUCUACUCUCUCCUAAUGGACAUAGAGCAUUAGAAGAGCAGGAACUGUCUAUUCACACGUGUUGGGGAAGAGUUACCUCAUUUCCACCAUCGCCUCCUAUUCUUUUAAGAGUCUGGGUCAAUUAUUGCAUUGUUUGUAUUUGUCAAUGUCUGUUUACAAACCAUUGCCCAUAGUGGCUCCUCAGGGGACUUAUCAUUAUCCCGAACAGUAAUCCUUAACACUACAACUUAAAUGGAAGUUGAAACAGAGGACUUGGGCCAAGACCCAACCAAGGUGGCCACGGAUUGGGAACUCCUUGCUUAGCUGUCAGUGUUCUUGAAGCUGCUGAUCUGAGAACGGAUGGACUGAAGAUAGCAUGAGCCCUAAUUUAAGAUGGCCACCACUUCCAGGGUCCCCAAACUUGAUCACAUGCUAACUUCAGACCCUUGGCCCUGAGAGUGGGAUUCUGAACAGCCCUGGGGACUGUCAGCCACCAAUCACAUUUUCCUUUCUUAUGCUUUAUGGGUUGCUUUGGAGUUGGGUUUUUGUUUUGUGUAUUUUUUUUUUAAAGAAAAACAUUUGAUACUGCAUGAACAGA